UUAAUACAAUGCGACGUAAGCGAUGUUUAUAUAGUUCAGUCUGUGGCAAGAUAAUUUAAUCGCAGAAUAGUAAAAUAUAACACGACUAAUGCAGAAAAAAAGGUGGUUUAAUCUACCUAAUUUAAUUGUGUAUUUUAAAAUUUUCCAAAUGGGGAAGUGGUUUAUGAAAAAGGAGCAAGGGUACUUCCUUUAAAAUGCCCGUUGUCAGCAAUAAAUGUUUUGAAUGGCUAGCCUGAUAAAUGCUACGGGCAAUGGACGUCAACUAAGUGGUGUCAGGAAAGUGUACCGCGAGGUACUAAACAUGCCGGUGAAAUCCUGGACUGCAGUGUGUUUGGUGCUCACUGUGUUACUGAGCGGCGUGUCUACAGUGCAAGACAGAGAGGAGGAUUCGGUUAUAACCUCCCGACAACAACAACAACAACACGCUGAGAAUGGGCUGGAUGGAAACAUCACAGGCAUGUCGACACCAAUGGAAUCACGAAAUUCAAGCGCACAUGAAUGCCGCGAUGUGAUGAAGCAGAAGCCGUCGAAGCAAUGCUGGUUCAUCAAGCACACCAAGGACUGUGAGUUCAGCGAUGGCUACAUCAACUACCUGCAGGGGGCGUUCUGCAGCUUCCCUCACAGUCUCUUCCCACUCGCUGUUACGCUCUAUGCUGUUUGGCUGCUUUACUUAUUCAUGGUUCUGGGAAUCGCUGCGUCAGAAUUCUUCUGUCCAAACCUGGCUGCUAUCUCCACCAGCCUCAAGCUGACCCACAAUGUGGCUGGAGUGACGUUCCUGGCAUUUGGGAAUGGGGCUCCAGAUGUGUUCAGCGCAGUUGCAGCAUUUGCAGACCCCCGGACAGCAGGGCUCGCCAUCGGAGCUCUCUUUGGUGCGGGCGUGUUUGUCACCACGGUGGUGGCCGGCAGUGUGGCGCUGGUUAAGCCCUUCACUGUGGCCUCCAGACCCUUCCUCCGUGAUGUCAUCUUUUACAUGGCGGCUGUCUUCUGGACCUUCCUCAUCCUCUACCUGCGGGAGAUCAAGCUGGGCGAGGCGCUGGGUUACCUUGGCCUGUACGUCCUGUACGUCGGCACAGUCGUCGUCAGCACACUCAUAUACAACCGACAGAAGAACCAGCUGCAGGGACCCAUUCACAGCAGCUACACUGAGCCAGAGUUGCCAUCUGAUUCUGAAGACACUACCCCAAUCAUCUUCAACAGAAGCAUCCAGGACGAUGAGAGUGAGUACCAACCCCUGCUCCCCUUCACUGAAUCCACCUGCCAGAUCUUUAUCAACUCCAUCAACCCCAUAGACAGCAGGAAGUGGAGGAGGAAACGCUGGUUAUGGAGAGCUGCCAAGGUGGUCAAGGUACCACUGGAAGUGGUGUUGCUGCUCACUGUGCCCGUGGUGGACCCUGACAAGGAUGACCACAACUGGAAUCGUCCGCUCAACUGCCUACAUCUGCUGACAGGACCCCUUGUGUGUGUGCUCACCUUCAAAUCAGGACAAUACGGGCUCCUGAACAUUGAGGGCGAGUUCCCAGUGUGGGUCCUUGUCCUUCUCAUCGGGGUCUUUCUAUCGGCCAUCUCCUUCCUCAUCACCAGCAACCAGCAGACCCCCAGGCUGCAUUGUGUGUUCUCAUUGCUGGGGUUCGUGGUCAGUGCCAUGUGGAUCAACACUGCAGCCACCGAGGUGGUCAGCAUCCUGCGGACCUUCGGGGUGGUGUUUGACCUGAGUAACACAGUCCUGGGACUGACCCUGCUGGCCUGGGGGAACAGCAUCGGGGACUGCUUCUCUGACAUCACCGUGGCCCGGCAGGGGUACCCACGCAUGGCGAUGGCUGCCUGCUUCGGAGGGAUCAUCUUCAACAUGCUCUUCGGGGUGGGGCUAAGCUGCCUGCUUCAGAUGUUUAAUGGACACAACGUCGUCAAGCUAGAACCGGAUGGGCUUCUGGUCUGGAUACUUGCGGGAGCGCUAGGCCUCAGUCUGGUACUUUCCUUCAUUCUGAUCCCAGCGCAAUGCUUCCAUCUGGGCCGUAGCUACGGGAUCUUCCUGAUCCUCUUCUACCUGGUCUUCCUGCUGGUGGUGCUGCUCACAGAGUUCAAAGUGAUUUUGAGUUGAGGGGCAGCCCCUGACACCUUGUACCUCCUCCCGCUCAGACCCCACAGCCAGGCCUUUCUCUCCAGCAGGGGCGUGGUGAUUCACAAAGAGCAGGUAUCUGAUCAGACAGAACCCACACACAAAUCACAUGCUCUUAUUCUGAAAUGUCAUGCAUUUAUGUAGAGUCUGUAACUACGACAACUGAAUACAACAGAAUUAACCGACUCUACAGCAAGCUGAUAUCCACUCAGGAUCCAGGCUGUGUGUUUCCAGACUUUGUCCAAGUAUUGUGAAAUAAACUAGGCCUGAAUGACUCAACUGUGUGUUAUGAGGAAUUGUCCCUAUUAGCUCUUCACUUAAAUUAUCUUUUAAUGUAGCUAAUGUUUUAAAUGCACCGUGUGACUGGACUUCUCUCAUAGAAUUUGAAAACCAUUGGCAGGGUCCUACUGCUGAAGGUGUCAUUCCAUCAGCAGCCUCAUGACUGACUGGUUUACACUGUGAAGGGGAGGAGAAUCCUCAUGGUUUACACUGAAGGGGUGGAGAAUCCUUCUGUUUUCUGUGCUAUUGUAUAAAUCCAUGCACAGAUACUGGAUUAUAGGUAUAAAGUUAUGUAUGUAGGGCCAGUGCACAAACUGCCAGCCUCACAUGAACAGCCAGGGUCUUCAUUGCGUAGCGUGCCUGUAUGUUUCUCAGGGUCUUUACUCUGGCUGGGUACUGCUGUAUGGUCCUUCACACAGACAGUAACAGAACACUAGAUAUUCUUCAGGUUUGCUAUGUUUAACAACAGGGCUUCUGAAAUCAGGAUUAGUAUUAUUGAAUUUUAAAGUCAUGCAAAAAAAAAAAAAAAAAAAAAACAUGCAACUCGAAUGCUCAGUCUGGAAUCGAAACUGGUGUUCAGCUGAAAUGUACAGCAGCUUUCUUUUUAUAGCAGCUUUGAAGAAGUACCAAAGAACAAAACAAAAAUGACUCUAUAUUCUUUGUAUGCCCUCUUGUGUACUACCCUAGCAGAAAUGUUAUAGUAUACUGUAUUGAAUGCAAGAACUGAAUGUAUUGUAAACAGUAUAUAACACAUAUAAAAUCUCUUAGUUUUGUAAGCAUACCGUUCCACUCUGAAGAUUGUAAAAGACUGCGUGCAGUAUGUACAUUAUAGUGACUGCCCCCUAGUAUUAACAUGUCCAUUGUUUUUCUAAACCAUCACAUUGCCUGACUUGCCUCUGGCGUCAGUAAGGGGCACACUUGCAAAUUCCUUCGGUUUUUUAGGUUUGCUCCAGGAUCUCUUGGUUCGCAUUUCUUCACUCUGUCCCCAGUUGCACCACUGCCUGAAGAGUUGAGUGGUCCAAGAGCCAGGCUUUUAUACAGACAGCUGUCAUACAGCAGAAUAGUAGCAUUUUAGAUACAUAAGUUUUUAUAUUAGCAUUUAUAUUUUUAAACCUGUCCCUUGGUGUAAGCUUACAACUACAGUUUGUGUGUUGGAACUUUGUGCUAUAUUUCUGCUAAGUUUGUCUUGUUUUGGGAUAGUGGUCAAUUUAUUUCCUUAUUUUCUUUAGAUACAAUGUUAUUAACUGCACAGGUGAUUUACUAUGAAAUACUGGUUUGAGAAUCUGCAGUCCUAUUGAUGUCCACAAGGGAGAACUAUAGUGCAGAAUAAAAGUUCAUACUCUGUAUCAAAUGAAAUGAUAUGUAUGUUUAAUAUGUAUACAAACAUAAUGACAUGAUUGUUUUGUUUUUAUUUCUUUUGAUUGAAUCAGGGUUUUAAUAUACUGUAUAUAGUAAUGAGCCAAAUGCAAUUUUAAUAAGUAUGAUGCAUUUAUUUUAUUGAUACCGAUUUUAUAUGUGAUUUAUAAACAGGUUUUAAUUCAAACUAGCUGUGGUUGUCUGUCAUUGAAUGCUUUUCCUUCUUUCUCGAAAGCCCAGAAGUUCAGCAUACAGCAGCAUACCGCAAUUGCUGAACUGUAUUAAGUAUAAUGAUUUUGCACAGGUUCUGAGUUUGCUUUUCAGUUUCCCAGGAAGAAUAGAGAUUAAAGCCUGCAGUACCUGAAAC